AUGGAAAAUCUGAAGCAGCAGGUCUUGGAUUUAACAAUCUCCCGACACGACACACAAUCUUGGAGUUCACGAGAUCAUACGAUCCCACAUGAUAUCCUAAUCGACAUAUUCUCAAGAACUCCAUCUAAAUCAAUUGCGAGGUCUCGUUGCGUAUCUAAGACCUGGAAGUCCAUACUCCAUGGUCCAGAUUUCACCAAGUUGUUCUUAAGAAGGUCUUUGUCUCGUCCACGGCUCUUGUUCACUUUCAUCGAGGACGAGAGCUUGUUCUUCUUCUCGUCAUCUCAGCCCCAAAAACCGGACAAGAACUCAUCUCUUGUAGCCAAUGCAGAUCAUCAUACGAAAUUCUCCCACCAUGUUUCCUCUGGGAUUUGUCGCUCUGUGAAUGGACAGAUAUGCACUCAAGAUCGGGGAUGGAGGUAUACUGUUCCGGUGAUUUGUAAUCCUAGUACCGGAGAGUCCAUUAUCUUACCAUUAUUGGAACUUGAUAGAAUCGACGAGAAACGCUAUUUUGGGUAUGAUCCCAUCGACAAAAAGUUCAAGGUGUUGGGCGUGAGCUGGCCAGCUUGUGGAACACGCAAUCUGUACGAGGAUCAUCAUGUUCUAACAUUAGAGACAAGACAACAACUAUUAUGGAGAAAGAUCGAAUGUUGCUCACCGUAUUAUCUUUUAUACAAUGAUGGGAUAUGCAUUAGUGGUGUUUUGUAUUAUCCAGCUGCGACCGAUACACAUUCAGAGGUUUCUAUGAUCGUUUGCUUUGAUGUUAGGUUAGAGACGUUUAGCUUUGUUAACAAACCUGAGGAGUUGAAAAUAGGGCAUUAUUCGACUCUUAUAAACUACAAGGGUAAAUUAGGUGCACUUGAGUCUAAAAGAGGGAUUGAUUAUGAUGAAAUGGUUGAUGGGAGUUUUGGAUUUCUUAAGUUGUGGAUUCUAGUGGAUCCUGAGAAACAUAUUUGGUUGAUGAAGAUUUAUCAAAUUCCUUCUAUGUGGAGGAAUGUAAUUCAGAAGGUUGAUGUAUAUUUUGCUGGAAUGACUAGUUCAGGGGAAUUUUUGUUGUCUCCCUACUCACCAAACGAUCCUUUCUACGUGUUUUUCUAUGAUCCUGAGAAGAACACAAUUGCAAGAGUUGAAAUUCAAGGAAUUAAUCUUCAAAGGUUUGUGAAUCGUAAAGCGUACACCUUUGUAGACUAUACAGAGAACUUGAAGCUUAUAUAA